AUGAUCGCCUUUGACUUACAGAUUGCCUGGUGCAGCAUAGCACGGCAGCCUCCCUGUUCUCUCCACCCAGAGAGCAGCACUGUUGGUACCAGGAUUCCAGUCGAUUGAUGGCCGUCCCGCGACGCCUGAAGUGUCCCACCCCACUCCUCGGGAAGAAGCUCUCGGGGUACCUGGGGCGACCCUGACCGUGGCUACAGAUGGCUGCCAUGUUAUGCUCCGUGGGCUGACCCGGCGGGAACGGCACGUUGACUUCUGUGGACUCCACUGGAGAAACAAACGCGGUGGAUCAUUCCGAAGGUUGCCCGCUCAUGAGUAAUUCAUACCUGUUGAGCCCUGGAUGUCUCCGCAAUUUGACCGCCGUGCCAGAGAAGGGGAGGGGGGGGGGAGGUUGCCCGUCAAGGAGCCUUGGUGACCAGAAGGGCAUGAAAGGAAGUCCUUGUCACAAACCCGACACACCGUACUACCGUAGCUGGAGCAGUCUUCGAUUCUCCCGAUGGCGGAGCGGCUCCCAGAAGGCCACCUGCCCCGGAACGCCUUCCUCAAAGACGGAGAAACACAAUGACGUGAGCCAGACUCUUUUCUCGUUGGUCAAAACUCACAACGACGACUACACGGCCGACCCCGCCGGGCUUCUGGACCCCGACGAGGUUGACGACGAGGAAGCCGAGCCAGACCAGUCCACGUAUUUCCAGAAGCAGCUCGGAUCCAUGUUGCAGCCCGGCGUCAACAAGUUCUCCCUGCGCAUGUUCGGCAGCCACAAAGGCGUUGCCGCCGAGCAGGCCAGGGUCAAGUCGUUCGGCGUGUGGAUCAUCCAUCCCUACAGCAAUUUCAGGUUCUACUGGGACCUUGUGAUGCUCCUCCUCAUGAUGAGCAACCUGGUGAUCUUACCGUGGGGUAUCACGUUCUUCGAAGACCAGAACACUAUCCCGUGGAUCACCUUCAACAUGCUGUCUGACACUCUCUUCCUCAUGGACCUGGUCUUCAACUUCCGCACGGGCAUCCUGGGCGAAGACAGCCACAUCAUUCUGGACCCUAAGUGCAUCCGCCUGCACUACCUGCGCUCCUGGUUCCUGGUCGACUUCAUCUCGUCCAUUCCGGUGGACUACAUCUUCCUGGUGGUGGACCUGGAGUCUCUGCAGGACUCGACCGACGUGUACCGGACAGCUCGAGCCCUUCGCAUUGUGCGCUUUACCAAGAUCCUCAGCCUGCUGCGACUCCUGCGCUUAUCCCGACUCAUCCGCUAUAUCCACCAAUGGGAGGAGAUGUUCAACAUGACGUACGACCUGGCCAGCGCGGUGGUGCGCAUCGUCAACUUGAUCGGCAUGAUGCUGCUGCUGUGCCACUGGGACGGCUGCCUCACCUUCAUGGUGCCCAUGCUGCAGGACUUCCCCGCAGACUGCUGGGUGUCCAAGAACAACAUGGUGAACGCCACAUGGCACAUCCAGUACUCGUACGCCCUGUUCAUGGCUAUGAGUCACAUGCUGUGCAUCGGUUAUGGCGCCAACUCCCCGGAGGGCAUGACUGAUGUGUGGCUGACCAUGAUCAGCAUGGUGGUGGGCGCCACUUGCUACGCCAUGUUCCUGGGCCAUGCCACCAACCUGGUGCAGUCUUUGGACGCCUCGCAUCGCCACUAUCAGGAGAAGUACAAGCAAGUGGAGCAGUACAUGUCGUUCCACAAGCUGCCCGCGGACCUGCGGCAGAGGAUCCACGAGUAUUACGAGCAACGUUUCCAAGGCAAGAUGUUUGACGAGGACAGCAUCCUGGGAGAGCUCAGUGAUCCGCUAAAAGAGGAAAUCGUCAGCUACAACUGUCGAGGUCUGGUGGCCAACAUGCCCCUCUUCGCCAAUACCGACCCUCACUUCGUGACCGUGAUCCUCACUAAGCUGCACUUCGAGGUCUUCCAGCCGGCAGACUUCAUCGUACGGGAGGGAACGCUGGGUCGGAAAAUGUACUUCAUCCAGCACGGCACCGUCGUGGUCAUCCCGCGAGGCAGCAAGGAGAUCAGACUAAGCGACGGGGCCUAUUUUGGGGAGAUCUGUCUCCUGACUCAAGGCCGACGCACAGCUAGCGUGAAGGCCGAAACGUACUGUCGGCUCUACUCGCUGAGUGUGGACAGCUUCAACGAAGUGCUGGAGGAGCACCCGCUCAUGAGGCGGGCCUUCGAGAGCGCGGCCGUGGACCGACUGCGUCGGGUCGCCAGGAGGCCCAGCCACCAGCCUCCCCCAAACGAGUGACCAAAGCAACAACCAAAUGUGACUCAUGACUCGUAAUACCAUGCAGUAAAAAUACUUUAUUACAACAGUAGGUAAGUACUAAGUAAUCCAUUUUAUUUAGUUUUAAUCUCCACUUUUGUUGUCAUAUUGUAUUAUUGUUUCCCCCCCGCAAAAUAUUCUUCCUUCCAUGUGCAGUUCACCAAUAAAAUACACUAUGGAA